AUGCUCAGCCUCCUCUCAUGCGUGGCGCCUCUGUCCUGGCACAUACAGCCGGCCGCUCCGUCGCACGUCCGGCUGGCCGCCAGCCUGUGCGUCGACGAGUUCACCGCGUUGCCGCUGCCGCUGCUGCCCGUACCCGGCUGGAAGCGCCAGGCGAGGGAGAGGGCGAUCGACGAGUGGGCGGCGUCGAGGCGGGCGCUCCUCGCGAGCGGCGAGCCGCAUGCCCUCAUUGUCGGCCUCCGCGACGCGGCCGAGGCUGGCCGCUUCUUUGAGGGCCCGAUGUACCCUUAUAUUGCCAACGUCGCCGUCAGGGUUGGCGCGCGGCGGCUCGGCCUUGGCCGGGCGCUGGUGGAGGAGGCGGAGCGCACGGCGGUGGAGCUUGGCUUUGACCGGCUGUUCAUCAAGGUCGACCGGCAAAACUUUGGCGCGCGGCGGCUGUACGACCGGCUUGGCUAUGAGAUUUGCUACCUGCAGAACCGGCCGCCGGACCGGACAAACAAGCAGCGGCAGAUGCUCUUCUUGAGAAAGGCGGUCGGGGCGGGGGCGGCAGGGGCGGGAGAGAGCGCGCGGGAGGCGGCUCGUACGUAGGAGGCUCUAUUUGUGAGCUUGUCGGGAGAGCCAGCGUGCGGUCGCGGGGACGGCGAGAGGAGAGGGGAGCAGGGCGAGGGACAGCGACAGGCCACGGAGACAACAACGGUGUCAAGCCGUAGCCGAAGCGCUUGACAGCGCUCAGCGGUGUGUCUGCUUAUGUGAGAUCAACAAAAGAGUGC